CUUUUUCUCUUCCUAUUGAUUCCGAUGUUCCGCUGCUCAGAUGCUCCUUUGGUUGGCGCUGGGGGAGUGUGUGUGUGUGUGUGUGUACACUGUACGUGGGUGAGCGAGUGUGACUGAGGGAGGGAGAGCGAGAGCCAGCAGAGCAGUCUAUACGGCUCGGAGAGGCGGCGAGGAAGCCCCGGCUGCUGCACGAGGGUCUCUCGCUCGGAACUCGGCUGGGGCAACUUGCCACCGGGGUGGGGGGGGGGGGGCGGGCUCAGGCCAAGGCAGCCCCCCUCCUGCUGCUUCCCGAGCCAUGCUGAGGCUGUGCAGUUACAGCAGCAGCAGCAGCAGCAGCAGCAACACGCGGUCGCCCUCUGGGCUUCUCCGGAGGAGCAGCUCGGGCUGAAGGAGCCGGCGAGCCCGGAGGAUCAUGCCGCCUCCUCGCCGGGUGCCUCUGGGUGCUGCUGGCUCCGCCGCCUAAGCCACAGCCCGCUGCUGCUGCUGCCGCGGAGGGGGGCCCGAGGCGCGGGGGGCUGGCCCGGCCGGGGAGGGGGCGCUGAGCGGCGCCUCGCGGCUGCGCCUGCUGGGACCUGGGCAGCAGCCACCCGGGGGGCGUCGUCGAGCUUCUCCCGGCUCCUCGGAUGCGGAGAGGAGGAGGAGGAGGAGGACCCCGCCGGUCUUGCUGGCUGCGCCCGGCCAUGUGCGCAGGAGGCGGCGGCGGCCGCGGUGGCGGAGAGCGCCGCUUCGCCGCGUGGCCAUAGCAGCCUCGUCUCCUCCGCAGCCAGCAGCCCUGCGUCGCCUGAGCGCACCGCGGCGGAGCUGGAGAGUUGCGAGCCUCUGCCGCCGCCGCCGCCGCGGGAAGGAGGAGGAGGACGACGAGGACCUGCUGCUGCUGCUGCUGCUGUUGCCGCCGCCGCCUCCGGGACUCCCAGCCGGCCCGCCGGAGAGAGAGACGCCGCAGCCCCUCCGGCCGGGCAGCGCAGGUGGUGCCGCCUCGCGGGCAGGUGCGCCUCCCUCCCCGCCCCGCGCGCCGCCGCCGCCUCCUCCUCACUCGGCUGCGGUUGGGGGCCAGCCAGGUCGCUGCCUAUGACAUUUGGGAUUAAAGUGGGGCUUCUUCGCGAGAGCGGCGGCGGCGGCGGCGGCGGCCAGGAUGCCUUUCCACCCGGUGACCGCGGCGUUGAUGUACCGGGGCAUCUACACCAUCCCCAACAUCCUCGCCGAGCAGCACCCUGUUGACAUCCCGGAGGAUGAGCUGGAAGAGAUCCGUGAGGCAUUCAAAGUGUUUGACCGGGAUGGCAACGGCUUCAUCUCCAAGCAGGAACUGGGCACAGCCAUGAGGUCCCUGGGCUACAUGCCCAACGAAGUGGAGCUGGAGGUCAUCAUCCAGAGGCUCGACAUGGACGGAGACGGACAGGUGGACUUUGAGGAGUUUGUGACGUUACUCGGCCCCAAACUUUCUGCUUCUGGCAUCCCCGAGAGGUUUCACGGCACUGACUUUGACACCGUAUUCUGGAAGUGCGACAUGCAGAAGCUGACCGUCGACGAGCUGAAGCGGCUGCUGUACGACACUUUCUGCGAGCACCUCUCCAUGAAGGACAUCGAGAACAUCAUCAUGACCGAGGAGGAGAGCCACAUGGGGAACGCAGAAGAGUGUCCGGUGGACGUGGAAACUUGUUCAAACCAGCAGAUCAGACAGACGUGUGUCCGGAAAAGCCUCAUCUGCGCGUUCGCCAUUGCGUUCAUCAUCAGCGUUAUGUUGAUUGCUGCCAACCAGGUGCUGCGUAGUGGGAUGAAGUAGCCCCCGGGCAGACGCACGGACGGGCGGGCAGCAGAAGGACUUUCUGGAAGACCAGAGAAAACAAACUCUGACUAUCUAUAAAUACCUGUAGCCACGCGGGGGGCCUGGGGUGGGAGGGAAACGGUAAUUUCUCGGUGGCAAAAGCUCCUGCACACACCCAUAAAUUCACAUGCCCUUCCUCCUGUCUCCGAGGGGGUCCCCCACCACUGGAGAUGCCGCUGUCUUUUCAGCAGAUAGCAUGGUUUCCGUUUCCGCAGGGCGGGUCCGACUCAGCUCCGCUGGGGGAAUCACCAGGACCCGCGUGGCGGAAAACAUUUAAACUAAGACGUUAAAAGCAUGAAAAAAAAAAGUGCAUGGAGACCCUCCCCCACCCCACCUUCCAAUCUGAGUGAUGCAAUACCGUGUGCUUUUAUAACCGGAUAUUAGAAUCCUAUGAAAUAUAUAAAAUAUUAUAUAUAAUAUAUAUAUAUAUAUUUAUGAUAAACCGAAUAAUCAGUUAAGCAAUACACACGCGUCGGGAUUUUCUAUCCAAGAUUCGGGCGUUGCAUGGACAUGAACACACAAGGGCUGGACACAGAAACCCCUCGUUGUCUGCCUCCACCUUUCAACCUCCGCUUGGCAGGCUCUGUCCGACAUCUAUGCACUUUUCCUCACCCCCCCCUCCCCGCCUGGGUGGGAGGGGCUUAUUUGAGCCUGCUCGAUACGGAUGUGGGGGUUGUUCGGAUGGACGGCACCAGCAGCGAUUGGAUUGCCCGGAAGUGGGAACGCUUGGUGUGUCCUCAUUGGCCAUCCUCAUCAGCCCUGGGAAAAGUCUUGCAUGUGGAUAUUCCAAAGCAGGUCACACCAGGCGUGGAGAACUUCCUCCUCUCCUCCAGGGGGCGCUGGGCCAGAAUGUUCCAGGAGACGCAAGAGGCUCCACCUCCUUUGUGCCCUGUACCAUGUCACCAUAUUGUAUAUAAAGCUCAGAGCGGCACCACUAACAUCAUCAAGUCUGCCAUCUUAACAGUGUAGAUGCCCCUUCCACUAAGCCCCGUCUAACAUACCUGGGUAAAGUGUCUCUUUUACAACAGUUAUCUUGUCUUGAGGUGCAGACUUCUGAGCGAUGGAGAAUUCCUUCCUUUCCUGGGCAGCCUGUUCCGACGGUUAACCAUUUCCCCUGUUUAAAAGAAGAAGAAGAAGAAAGCAAACCUGUGCCUUAUUUCUAAUUUGAGUCUGUCCAACUUUUCACUUGCGAGCUAUCGGCUCUUGUUAUACUGUGGCUAGAUCAAAGAGACUUUCACGAUUCCCGUGCUUUUUGGGUUGGUUGGUUUUUUGUAUUUUGUACCAUAGUUCAGUCUAUUCUUAAAUGUUUUUUUUUCCUUUCUGAGAUACUAAACAGGUCAGGGGCCCCAUGCCCGUUACCCUUCACUCCUUGUCAAAAGGCCGGGACAGAGACGGAUACAGAUGAAGUUGGUAAUGUUUUCGUCAUCAGAGAGGUACAAUCUCUUCCCUACCUCUGUUCAGUACUUCCCUGUUAAUACCCCCACCCCGUAUUUAGGGAUGUGCAUGACAUUCACUCGAAUCGAUUUGGAUCUGAAUCGAAUUUGAAUCUAUUCAACUUCAAAACCAUUGAAUAGAGUGGAGAUUUGCUCAAAUCGAUUCGAAUUAGCCCAAAGUUUAAUCAAGUUCAGUCAAAUUCCACCAAAUUCGAUUUGACUUUGGGUGAAUUUAAAUUGAUUUGAGCACAUCUCCACUCUAGUCAAUGGUUUUGAACUUGAACUAUUUUGAAUUCUAUUCAAAUUCAAAUCGAUUCAAGCAAAUUUCAUGCACAUCCCUACCCAUAUUCCAGAAGCCAGGGUUUUCUGGCCACAAUCACUAAAGGCCAUUGGAUGAUGGGAGUUGUAGUCCAGCAACGCCUGGGGACUUGAGUUUGGGAACCCCUGGGUUAAGAUAGGUAAUCAUUGGCCAGAUUCCAGCAGUUAUAUGUGUAUGCGCCCGGACUGAAUAAGCUAAGGCAGAGCUUCUCAGUGGUUGUUGGACUACAGCUGGAGACCCAGUUUUGAGACCUCCUGGGCGAAAGUGGCCCUAACACUGUACUGGAUUGUAUCCAAAGAGUCAUCCUAUUGACACAUUAUUUGAUAUGCAUGUACAAUACAGAUCACUUCCGAGAUCUGCCGUGACCCCAUUGCAGGGUUUAAUCUGGAAAGUUCCAUGGAGUUAAAGUUCUAAAUCAAGUAGUUUAUUUAGGAAAUCCAUCAGGGAGGGAGGUAAGGCCUACAUGCCUUGCUGCUAGCUACAUAGAGGAAGAGGAGAAGGGAGAAGAAGGAAGUCUCUCUUUGCAGAUGAGAGAAUGAAACCUGAGGGGAUCAGUCUAACAAAGAGGAACCAGAGCAGAGGAAGCGUGGUCGGAGAGGGGAGGCCCUUACUGGCUGUCUCUACCUGCAAUGCCCCUAGUGAUCAAUAGUGAUCUGCUGGUGCUCAGAGUCGAUGAAAUCCGGAGCUGCAUCUCUAGCAAAAGGUACCUGAGUUACAGCAUAACCUCUAAAUAGGGAUCGUGUGUGAAUAACUAGACAUACAUGAACUGCACGCAGUUUGCCAUUCUCCCAAACCAGUCCUUCUGUAUGCACUUCUCCUGAGUACACAAGUUCUCCUUGAUAAUCCGAUUCUCCCAGAAUGUGGAGCAGGCUUGAUAUCGGCCCAUGAAUUAUCCAGGUUUAGCUUCCGAUGAAGAAUGUACUUAGUGAAUAUAAUAAGAGGAUGGGUUAUUUUUAUUUUAUUUUAGUUUGAUUCCUCAGUAAAGGGUGAGGAAAGACAGUGAGAAAAUACUAGAUUGUUCACACAAUUAUCCGAAUGCAGGUUUAAUGUGGGUUACUGACACCGAAGUGCUUGUGUGAACCCUUGCCAAGGUGGUUUAUGGCCCACCUUGGCCUGGUUCCACACAAUCACGCAAAUGUUGGUAAGCCACACCAAACUUGCAUUUGAACGAUUGUGUGAAUGAGUCUCUGGAAUAGCGUGUACCUCUCUGAUGAGGAAGAUUUUGCACCCAGAUAGGGCUGGUUCCUGCAUGUAUGUGCAUCACAUGGUGCUGGAUUACUGUACCCUUCAGCCUGCUUCACACAUGCAUGCCCAUGCCAUGACACCUGCCGCAUCAAGUGGCAACUUGCAUGUGUGGGCAUCAGAGACAAUGAAGACUUGCACCGUUCUCUUGUGUUCCAACACAACUGUCUUCUGUGGAGUCAGUUCAGGCCUUCAGCUCACUAACUAACAAGGGUUGAAUCAAGUCUGAAGGAAUCAAGCCAUGCCCAGGGAUUGUGAGGACGGCUGUGCUGGAUGGCUGAUUGUGUGAACUAGCCCCAUUGCAAAGGCAUCAUGGAAAGUUCUGUUUAUGGUCUGGAUAUCUGCGAUAGCACAUUCAGACAUGCAAAACGCAUGACUGGGUGGCAGCAACACGGAGGGAUGGAGGAUGUGUGAUGCGUGGAUGAACCUUCACAGAUAGCAAGCGCCACAGACAGAACUUUGGCAUCACCUCAGAGUUGAGCGAGUUCACACAUGACGUUGCUAGUCAUGCAAGCGUCCAGUAAUAAAGGGUAGAAGAAGGCAGGGAAUGCACAUGCAGGCACGGACCAGGCCCAAGCAUACAGCCGGUGUGUUAUGAACCACGGGUUCCCCCUGUCCCUAUUUCUCAAGGACAGUCCCUACUUUCUGUUAGCUGUCCCUGGUAAAUCUCUGACUCCAUUCCGUCCCUAUGUUUGCUUGUUGGGAACGCCUUGCUCAGCUGUUGUUUGUGUGGGUUGCUGGAGCCAUCCUUCUUCAGGGUCCCACUCCCCACCCACCCCAGGGUCUCUAGAAAUCAAACAUCUUGGCUCCUUGUGCCCAUGCAUGCAAAUGCAUGCGCAUUUAGGCACAGCCUAAUCAUUCACACACUGGCACGGCAGGAGGUGGGGGUGAUAUUUCAAACUCUUGGUAAUGCAUUGUUAGUCCAUUCUGUUUUUCAAAUAUAUCUUUCGCCGAAAGGACAAACAGCCUCUUGGCUUUUCAAUCAACAGAAGGGAGCCUAUUACAGAAUAAAGGGAGGAAGCAUAUAUCAGGAAGCGCAGAGUUUUCAGGGUGUGUGUGUGUGUGUGUGUGUGAGAGAGAGAGAGAGAGAGAGAGAGAGAGAGAGAGAGAGAGAGAGCUGUCUCUGCAUUUGUGUCUGUGUCUCUGUGUAUUGUGAGAUCUAGGGUGUUAACAAGCAUGUCCUGAUUUUCAUUGUUGGAAGCUGUGGUGAACCAGCUCCUUCAUUGACAUGCAGAAAUCAGGAAGAAGCGAAUACAAAAAGGGAUAGAUUCCAGCAGGUAUGGACAGCGCUGCAGGCACUUCUCCAAGGCAAAUCUGAGCACCAACCAGAGUGCAAAAAUAAGAACAAAAGACAUCCACUCCCAACCCAAAGCUUCACACCAAGCCUUGUUGGUCUUGGAUGCACAGUUGGGUCUUCUUCCUGCCCUGAUGAUGACCACCUAACGAUCCCCUCUUGCAGCAACUUUCUUUGUGGCAAAUGUGCCCCCACCCCCAGACUGGCAGGGGGCAUUUAGCAGCAUUGUUCCUGAGAACUGCCUUUCGGUGGUUAAGGGCAUGGGAACAGGGCUGCUGGAUCGGGCCCAAGGCCUUUCUAAUCCAACAUCCUGUUUCCCAUACCGGCCCACCCAAUGCCUCUGGAAAGCCCGCAGGCAAGAGAUGAAGGCCUGCCCUCUCUCCUGCUGUUGCUCCCCUGCAACUGGCAUUGAGAGGCAUCCUGCCUCUGAGGCUGGAGGUGGCCUAUAGCCAUCAGAUGAGUAGCCAUUGAUGGACCUGUCCUCCACGGAUUUGCCAAAGCCAUCCAAUCUGGUGGUCAUCACUACACCCCAUGGCAGAGAGCGCCAUAGGUAAUGUGUGGGGAAGUACUUCCUUUUGUUGGUCCUAAAUUUCCUGGGCAUUUCAUGGGAUGCCCGGUUCUAGUGUUGUGAGAAAGAGGGAGAAGAACUUCUCUCUCUCUCUCUCCACACGAUGCAUAAUUUGAUAGAACUCUAUCCUGUCCUCCUGGGUUGCCUUGUUCCUAAACUGAAAAAGUUGUUGUUAGGGGUGUUCACAAUAAAGCAGAAAUCACAUCUCAGACUUCGAAGGUCAGUUCUUCCUUCACCUUUUUUAACACAGUCAGCAGAAGAAAAACACUAACUGCAGUAAACCAACUUUCCUCAACGAUUUUGUCCCCAGAUCAAACCUACCUGGGAUGUGCAAAAAUCCAGUGGUGAGAGUGGAAGGGGGGGGGGCAGAGGGGGCAUGUGUCCAGCCAUCUUGCGUCUGUAAACUGCAGUGCCAGGCUGAAGCCACAUCACACGGACAGCAGACAUAGAGGGCGGAUUUUGGGCCAGUUUCUGUUUUCAACCACUUGGCAUUUUCCUUUCCCUGAGCCCUGUGUGACACUGUUUCCACAUGCCAUUUGAAUGCAGAUCAGAGUUAAAUUGAAACUGAAUCCGAGUCUUUCAGGUCCAGUGGGGACAAGAGCUAGUCCUGUGGUAGUGAGCAUGAAUUGUCCCCUUUGCUAAGCAGGGUCUGCCUUGUUUUGUAUUUGGAUGGGAGACAUGUAAGCAUUGUAAGAUAUUCCCCUUAGGGGAUGAGGUCAAGGCACAGUAGAACAGCAUCCACAUGUUUGCAUGCAGAAGGUUCUAGGUUUAAUCCUGCCAGUAUCUCCAGAGAGGGCUGGGAGAGACUCCUGCCUGUAACCCUGGAGAAACCGCUGCCAGUCUGUGUUGGCAGUACUGAGCUAGACGGACACAUAGUCUGACUCAGUGAGUGGCAGCUUCCUAAAUUCCUAAUGCCAUCCUUCAGGCCUGGGAGGGCCAAUUGGCUGGAUUUGGCCCCCAAGCUCUGGCUACUUUAUCCUAUUUAAAUCAAGGCUAUGGCAAAAUGUUCGCCCAUGGUUUCUUUCAUAAGGAAACAACAGCAUAUUCCAGUAUGAAGGAAACAGAGAGGUAUUCCACCAUCCUCCUUUCAGAUUUUGUAAAGAAUGAAUGGCUAUGCUUGUGUAACCCGUAUGACUCGUAUCGUACGACCCAAUACGAGUCGUGUGACCCGUAACUAUAACUGUGAAGGCCUUCCUGCUUACUAGCACCAGUUUUAUUCCAAAGCCCGGCUACUCAAGAGAGACUUAAUUUCUGCAGCAAGAAACACAGCAGAAGUGUCAGCCCACUGCCCAAGAAUACAGAAGUUGGCCAUCCCAGGUCUAGCUGAGAGGUUCCCAACCUUGGGUCCCCAACAGUGUUCCCAAUAACAGGGAUUCCCAGAUGUUGUUGACUACAACUCCCAUCAUCCCCCAGCAAAAGCCAUUGCAGCUGUGGAUUCUGGGAGUUGUAGUCAACACCCUCUGAGAAUUCCUGUUAGAGGGAACCCUGGUCCCCAGCUACAGUUGGACCACAAUGCCCAUCAUCCCUAGCUACAGCCACUGUGGCUAGUGAUGAUGGGAGUUGUAGUCCAACAUCAGGGGGCCCAGCUAGACCACAAUGGACCUCUCAUGGGGCCCAAUUCCUACUCCCCCCCCAACACCCAUCCCAUUGCCUCAGCCAGGGGAUCUCAACCUUGGGGCCCCAAUGUUUUUGAACACCAGCUCCCAUAAUCUCCAGCCACAAUGGCCAAAGUGACUUGGGGUGAUGGGAACUGUAGUCCAGUAAAACAUUCUGCACCCAGGUUUGAGCACUCCCUGGCCUAAGCCAUAGUGACCAAACCCAGUUGAAGUAACUCACUGAGAUGUCGAGGUGUCUGCCCCCCAGAUUCACUCAAAGUGUACGCCAGAGGGUUUGGGUUCUGCUUUUUUUUUUUUUUUUUAAGAAAAGGAAUUUGUUUGUUUGGGCUCCAAAUGUCCCUGACGGAGCAAAUGUGUUCCAUUGUUCAAGCUGGCAGAGGGAAUCUCUCAUCAUCAUUUCUAAUAAAAGGAAUAAAUCAUACCGCUUAUUUCUAAAUACAA